UCCAACACAAGCACACAUACAUCUAUAUACAGAUUUUAAAACUUCACGGAUUCAAACUGAAGCUAUUACAUCUUAGGUGACGGGAUACUAUCAUCACGUCGUCAUGGGAAAUGGAGCAAAUUAAAUCAAAAUACACGUGAAAAGACUUCAUUAUCGAGUGACUAGACCCAGAUAAGACAGAAAAAGAAUCAGAAUGCUUUCUCGACGGAUAGGAAGAUGUUUAGUCGUGCUUCUAACAGUGUAUUUAACAGUAACAGUAUACAUCGCCUGUACCAUGCUCACCUCUACAUCAACAAGCGUAGCAGACUUAGAUUACGGUUCCUCGGAGUUAGACGACAAAUAUAUGUCUAAACAUAAGAAAAAUCUAGUUGACAAGAAAUAUCAACUUUUCAGAAUUCGGAAUCCUAAAUUUAGCCCAAAUGAUUACGGCAAUGUAAAACAACAAGAAAUUCCUACCACGAAAUGGACAUCCGUUAUACAUAGAAUUACACCGGAAGUGGUCAGCUAUUUAUCAGUUACAAAGAACGUAAACGUCUACAGCAAUCUGGAAGAAUGGAAAGAGAAAAUGGAUUCACUACGUCAUAAACACGUCGGAAAUGGCAACAGCACAAAUUUACAUCAUUUCCAAAAGUUCAAACAAUUAAUGGUUAAUUUUAAAGAUGACAACACCAAGAAACUGCUCAAUAAAAGCAACACAGAGAUAGAUUUGCGUAGAGGAUCACGUGAUUCUAAUGCAAUACUUCCGACAUAUCACGUCAACCUAGUGUCACUUCCGGGGGAAAUACGCGUCUACUCGGCAUAUUUAGACGAAAGAAAACCUACUAGAUUCAUCAGAAUAGUUUUGAUAGGUAAAAGAGCAGAAACUAACAAAGACAUAGUUUGUAAAUUUUUACUUCGAGACCUGUCCAAUAACACGGUAGUGUCUCGCGUGACUUUGUACGAGACUUGUGAAAGCCACAUGAAAUAUUUUUCCUCGUUUAUUGGUUCAUGCGAAGUUCCCAGUAUUGAUGUUUUGCUUGACCAAGUCGUGUUAUCUGUGAGUAAUACAGAUAUUUUUAUGAACGUCAUUGACAACGAUAAAAAAGGCAAAAUAGAACCGCAAGAUCUCGCUAUCUGUGUCCCCCCGCUAUUUGGUGACGUGGAUAUCUUGAGAUUAACAGAAUUUAUAGAACUAUCAAGAAUACUUGGAGCUCAACAUUUUGUGUUUUAUCCCAAAUUUAUUUCCUCUGAGGUAUCUACACUGCUGGAUUAUUACCGGAGAUUGGGUUUAGCGACCGUCAUGGUAUGGAAUCUGACGGCACCUGUUAAUGCUAUAUGGUACCAUGGUCAGUCAGCCUCGGUCUGGGAUUGUCUUUAUAGAACAAUGUUCACAUUUAAACAUGUAGCUUUCUUGGACUUUGAUGAGUUUAUUGUACCGAGAAAUCAAAAUACUAUUCCAGAUUUUUUAUCUUAUUUACACGAAGAGCAGGGCGUAGAUGAUGAAACAAUAUCUGCUUAUAAAUUCAAAAGUGCAUUCUUUGAUUCAAAGUUCAACAGUGAUGAUGUAGUCGAGUUGUCAGAACUCCGACAACUAACGACAUUAAAUAAUACCGUGAGGACCCGGAAGUUCAGUAACAUUAGAACCAAACUAAUCGUGAACCCGGUCAAUGUGUUUGAACUGGGAAUCCACCAUGUCAGUAAACCAAACGAGGAACAUUAUCAGUGUCACAAUGUCAGCCCCAAACUGGCAUUCAUCCACCAUUAUCGUCAUUGUAAAUCAGACUAUGGGAUGAACUGUAAAUUAACGGUGAAAGACACUUCCGUAACAACGUACAAGACUUCUCUUGUUCGUCGUGUGAAACAGCGUCUUUUUGAUGUUAGUCUAUACAACUCAACUGAUGUUACACUACACAAAUAAAAUGAUGUUAGGUUACAACUGAUGUUAGGGUACACAUCAACUGAUGUUAGGUUAUGUAUCAACUGAUGUUAGGUUACAUAUCAACUGAUGUUAGGUUACAACUGAUGUUAGGUUACAUAUCAACUGAUGUUAGGUUAUAUAUCAACUGAUGUUAGGUUA